CCACGAUUCUGCCUGACUGCCUGGGCCUGGCUGUCUAAAAGUGAUAUCCUAUCAACACUAGCAAUCAUCAAUGUGUGAAAUGGAAGUCUUGGCACCGGUUCUAAACUACUUUGGCCUGAUUCUAAGCUACUUUGGCCUAAUUGACAAAAUGUCCAUCACUUCACACAACCCUUCGACGUUCAGAGAUCGACGCGGCAUCAAUAACGACGGUCAGCUCCCUUCGCCACGGCGCAUGGUCACUGACCUGUUUAUCCCCGGAUACAACGACCAACCGAGAGCGGGAUUCAUAUUUAGGGCCGGUACCUUGUUGAAAAGAUUUUCGUUUGGCAAACCGAAGAGAUUUUCCCAUGUCGACCUCACAGUGCGGGACGGGCGUGUCGGCUCGUUCAACGGCGAAGUCGUGUGGCGGCUACAGCCCAAGGACCACACCUCGUGGGUCGAGGUGAGGAAGGUGAUAGACGCCCUGAUCGCGGUACCAAUUCACACCGAGAAUCCUGGUGGAGGCAUACAGGAUCGGAAACACGACGGACACUGCGCAGCCGACGGUGCUGAUUAGUUGCACUUCGCAGUCGGACGUCGACAAGACGGCGAAGAGGCUGCGGCGAAGCGGGGUAUUAGAGACUGACUCAGCUACAUUUCUAGUUGUGGUUCGCUCUCCAGAUUAUGAUGUCGAAGCCUGGCUGUAAUUGUGAAGGACUGGCCCCUAGGCUGCUGCAAAUAGAUCUGAGUAAGAGUGAUGGAUCCGUUAUGUUCAAAUUCAACAAUGAUAAUAUUGAUCCUUGCUUCUUCCGAUCAUCCGGACCGGCCGGAAGAGGAGCUAUCAGACCCCCCUUCUGACCAAC